AUGGCGUUGAAGCGCAUUAACAAGGAACUCGCCGACCUCGGCCGUGAUCCGCCCUCCUCCUGCUCGGCCGGCCCGACAGGCGAUGAUCUGUUCCACUGGCAGGCAACUAUUAUGGGCCCGAGCGACUCUCCGUACUCUGGCGGCGUUUUCUUUCUCAGCAUCCACUUCCCUACAGACUACCCGUUCAAGCCGCCUAAGGUCAACUUUACCACUCGCAUUUACCACCCCAACAUCAACGGCAAUGGCAGCAUCUGCUUAGAUAUCCUACGUGACCAGUGGAGCCCGGCCUUGACAAUUUCAAAGGUUCUGCUGUCCAUCUGCUCUAUGCUGACAGACCCUAACCCGGACGACCCGCUUGUUCCCGAGAUCGCACAUGUGUACAAGACGGACCGGGCCAAGUACGAGGCCACGGCGCGUGAGUGGACUCAUAAAUACGCUGUCUAG